AUGGAUGAAGGAGGCGAAGUGGAAUCAAAAGUAGGGGAGGUAAUGGAAGGAGUGGCUUCAAUAGCAUUGUUACCAUGUGGGUCUAUAUCAGGCCACUUUAUCAAAGUGAAUGAUCACACCAACAUUUGCUAUGGUCUUCAUGGAACUGAGUUGGCUUGCGAAAAGGAGUGUAGCAGAGGCGAGGAUUAUCGUCUGAUCAAGCUUGCAAUCAUAGACUACAAUAAAAAGAAGGAGAAAGUUGUUGUUGUGGAGUGUCGAGGCCAUGAUGCUGCUAGGUUGAAUAGCGUUGAUCAUGCUCAUGGUUGGGAGAAGGAUGUUGUAGAUAUGGUUGAUCAACAACACGGGAAGAACAAGAUUGUGGUUUCGUUCAACUGUGAGACACUGAAAUCUGACAAAGCUGCAGAAGAACAUAUCAGCAAGUUUUUGCCCAAACUAGCUGGCCUAGAUGCUGUUGUCAAUAUCGGUAAGAUGAGCAUUGCAGGGUUAGACUUCGAUGCAAAGGAGUGA